AUGUUAAGUGCCGUUUCAAGAGCGGCUUCGGGUGUUUUGAGGGCCGUUAAGACCCCAAACAUCCAAAAUGAAGCUCUUAAAGUAUUUUCUGCAAUAACUGGAACCCGCUUACUUUCCUUUGAUUCUGUCUUCGGUCCAACUGAUGAUGAUGAUGAAAAAUGUAAAGAAGACGAUAAACCAAAAUCACAGGAUAAAUCAAAAUCUGAAUAUGCAACUGCUCCUGCUGCUAAGGCAGGAAAGGGAACCUCAGGUAAAAUUGUAGCUGUAAUUGGUGCUGUUGUGGAUGUACAAUUUGAUGAAAAUUUACCCGCCAUUCUAAAUGCUUUGGAAGUUUCCAAUAGAUCGCCCAGGCUAAUUUUGGAGGUUGCUCAACAUUUGGGUGAAAACACUGUUAGAACUAUUGCCAUGGAUGGUACUGAAGGUCUUGUUAGAGGUCAAGUAGUAACAGAUACUGGAUAUCCAAUUCGUAUUCCUGUUGGAGCUGAAACUUUGGGAAGAAUUAUGAAUGUGAUUGGUGAACCUAUUGAUGAAAGAGGACCAAUCAAAACUGAUAAAUUUGCUGCCAUUCAUGCUGAAGCUCCAGAAUUUGUUGACAUGAGUGUCGAGCAAGAAAUUUUGGUAACUGGUAUUAAAGUAGUAGAUCUUUUGGCUCCAUAUGCCAAGGGUGGUAAAAUUGGAUUAUUCGGAGGUGCCGGAGUAGGAAAAACUGUAUUAAUUAUGGAGCUUAUUAACAAUGUUGCUAAAGCUCACGGAGGUUAUUCAGUAUUUGCUGGUGUCGGUGAAAGAACAAGAGAAGGAAACGAUCUCUACCACGAAAUGAUUGAAUCUGGAGUCAUUUCUUUGAAAGAUAAAACUUCUAAGGUAGCGCUUGUAUACGGACAAAUGAAUGAACCACCAGGCGCUAGAGCUCGAGUUGCUUUGACUGGAUUGACUGUUGCUGAAUAUUUCAGAGAUCAAGAAGGACAAGAUGUAUUGCUUUUUAUCGACAACAUUUUUAGAUUUACCCAAGCUGGUUCAGAGGUAUCAGCUUUGUUGGGUCGUAUUCCGUCUGCUGUCGGUUAUCAACCAACUUUGGCCACUGACAUGGGUACUAUGCAAGAACGUAUCACGACAACUAAAAAGGGAUCUAUUACAUCAGUACAAGCCAUUUACGUACCCGCUGACGACUUAACUGAUCCUGCUCCUGCUACUACUUUCGCUCACUUGGACGCUACCACGGUAUUGUCUAGAGCCAUUGCUGAAUUAGGAAUUUACCCCGCUGUCGAUCCAUUGGAUUCAACAUCUCGUAUUAUGGAUCCCAACAUUAUCGGAGCUGAACAUUACAACAUUGCUAGAGGUGUACAAAAGAUAUUACAGGAUUACAAAUCGCUUCAAGAUAUUAUUGCUAUUUUGGGUAUGGAUGAAUUGUCAGAAGAUGAUAAAUUGACUGUUGCUAGAGCGAGAAAAAUUCAACGUUUCCUUUCUCAACCUUUCCAAGUUGCUGAAGUUUUCACCGGUCACGCUGGAAAAUUAGUUCCACUUCAAGAAACCAUCAAAGGUUUUUCGCAGAUUUUGAAAGGUGAAUACGACCAUCUUCCAGAGGUUGCGUUUUAUAUGGUAGGGCCAAUCGAAGAAGUUGUAGCCAAGGCUGAAACUCUUGCUAAAUCAGCAUAA